CUGGCCCUGAGGGCGGGGAAUGAGAAAGAGGAAGGGGAGACGGCUGACACAGUGGGCUGCUGCUCUUUGCGAGUGGAGCACAUCGCUCUGCACUCACGGCAGGGCGGCAAGGAGAACGUGGUGGAGUUCGACUUCCUGGGCAAGGACUGCAUCCGUUACUACAACAAGGUGUCCGUGGAGAAGCAGGUGUUCAAGAACUUGCAGUUAUUCAUGGAGGAGAAAGAACCGGGGGACAGCCUCUUCGAUAAGCUUUCU